AUGUUGGCUUGUUACUCUAUUCCCUUUAUGCUAUCACUGAAUAAUGGCAGGAACAAAGAAGCAGUGAAUAGUAUAUUAUUUGAUAUGCUUUACUCUGAAGACAAUACCGACAAUGAGCAAGAAGAUUUACCUUAUGAUGGAGAUCUACAAGAUAGAGGUCAAUAUAGUUGUGAUUCAGAGAACUGGAAAGAAUUUAUUUCUGUAGAACAUGUCUCCCCAACUGUUUCCACGUUGACAUCUUCUCCUCUCAGCAGUCUGACAAAAGACAAUUCAAACUGCAAAAAGCAAUUAUCUCAAAGGAAAAUAAAUACGGUGCUGUUGACCAAACAAAAUGACAUAGAAUUUACCAUGACAACAGAAAAGGAAAUACAAGUUGGUGGUUUUACCAGUUCGGGAAGAAAUGAAGAGUUUUCCAACUCAAAAAUAUCAGAUGUCCUUUUACGUCAUUUUUCAACAGAAGACUUAAUGUGCCAAUUAAUUGAUUCUGAGACUAUCCCGGAGUUAUCAUUUACUGACAGUUUUGAUGAAACAGUGCUAAAAAAAGAUAAGAUUUCAGAAAAUACAGGCAUAUUUUCCCCAAAAGAAGAAAUAAAGAAUAGUGAAAAGAAAGUAAAUUGUAAUUCAGGUGUCAAAAAUUGGGAUUUGACUCAAGAUAAGCUACCUUUAACAGCCAAGUGUGCUGUUGUUUGUAAUAGCAAAUACUGCAACAUGGAUAAUUCACAAAUUCUAAUUCAAAAGGAACCUGGAAUUAAUGAAGACUUAAAUUAUACCUCUACUUGCAAAGAGUAUCAAAAUCAACAAUAUUUUCUGGAUAAUGCUGAAAAUAAUAAUAAUCAUCCCCAAUGCAAUGAACACCAAGCUCAUUACAGACUUUGUGAUUCCUCUGAGAUGUCCCCAAAAGUCAAAGAAUUAAAAGGAAAUAGUGAAAGCUUUGUAUUUAAAAGAACUAAAUCUUCCACACAUUUGCUUGGUAAAGAUGUUUUAGAAGCAAUGACUUUUUUGGAAUCUGAUACAAUCAGAAAUCAAGGAGAAGAAAAUGGAACUUUCAAUCUUGAUCAACAGCUAGAGAUGCUGACAAGACAAGCUGAGAUUCAAAAUCAUACUGAUCAUCUGAGAUUUAGUCCUAAGAUACCUCCUUGUCCAAAUUCACAUACAGCAGAACUUAGCGGUCAAGCACAAAGUACGGGGAUAACUUCCAAAAUGCCUGCAUUUUCUCCUGUAACCAUUCCUAUGGAGCACAUGCUUGGUUUUUCCCAAUCCCCUCAUUCAGAAUCACAGUCUAAUAAUAUAACUUCUUCAUUACUGUUAGCUAAUGCAGUAAGAAAACCAUCUGUGAACACUCCUUUUCUGCAAAAUGUAACAGAUGACAAGGAACAGAUAUUAAAGAAACAGACUGAAGAGCUGAAAGCAAAUGUUGAAAUAUUUUCUGAGUGUAUUAAACAGAAUGUAUUUUCAGUAGAAGAACACCUUCAGUUUUUGCAACUUUUAAAAGAACAACUGGAGCAAUUGGAACGUUAUUAUGUAGCUACCAAGGAAAAGCAUUAUGCUUUGCAACGUCAAAACCAUAAGCAUUCAUCAAGAAAUAUUGGAGAAUUUGAUCCUAACAGAAAAGUAGAAGGGGAAAUAUUUAAACUUGGGAUGCUCCUUGAAGGUAUCAAAGAGAAAAUUGAGAAGACAUUCACUUCAUAUUCCUCAACAUAUAUAACAUCACCAUCACUCAGAUCCCACCCAUCUUCUGUUUGUUCAAGCUAUUCUGCGAGUCCUUUGAUUAUAAGUACCAAUGAAUCUCCAAAAAGGAAUAUUGCAGGACUAAAUAUUUCCCAAAAUGAGAACUAUUGGAAGAAUAAAAACCAUCUUGUAGAAGUAGUUCCACAAAAGGCAGAUAAAAAAUCUAUACAAGGUGACAGCAACCAUCCGUUCCAGCAAAUGAAUUUAAAUGAUCUUCAAAUAAGAUCUUCAGCUCUAGCAAAUUUUAUAUGCAAAGAAUCUAAUGAGGUUGAUUUCACUUUACUGAAUGAACAAGGAAGGUCAACUUCAGAUAGCUUUCUUGAGAAAGUGAGACAUUCUACCGAUAAGCCUAAAAUUAUUAUACAUCCUACACUGAAAAUGCAGCUAUCAAGAAAUCAAAUAUGCUCCUGUUCUUCUAAUAGAAAUAAAACAACAGAAUACAGAAAAGGAAGUAGAGGACAUUCUGAUUGUGAAAGAUUUCCGAUCUUCUCUGAAGAAAAACCAGUGGAUUUAGAUGUAACAGGUUCUUUGCAAAAGAAUAACAUUGCCCAGCAAAGGAUUUGUAAAGAAGAGCAGAGAGAAGAUUUUAUAGACAGAUUAUGUGACAGGCAGAAUCUAUAUAUUCCCCAAACUUGCUAUUCGAAGAUGCAUGAUACCAUUGUUCUUUCACCACAGUACCUUUCUGGUAGUAAUAUUAAUGGAAAGAAGUCAGUCAGUAAUAGGAGAAAAAGGCAAAGUAAAGACAUAAGUAGCAUGAUAUUAAACUGCACUUUGGAUAAUGCUAUACAGAUGGCAAACAAUUUGAAGACAACAACAGAACAUAUGAUGCAAGCUGUCUCAGAAGAUUUAGCCAACGUCAAAAUUCAGACAUUAUCCAGUGGCAUAGCUCAUCAAUACUGAUAGUGUAUUUUGAAGACUAAUAAACUAUAUCUAGAGUAGAGGUGCUCUAGAGACUACUGGAAAAAGAAACUUUUCAUGUUGUUUUUGAUGUAGCUAAAUUCUGUGUCCAAAUAAAUCUAAUUAUUUUCACGUACCAUCUUAGAUACACCAUGUAGUACCUUCCUCUGUGUCAGAUUACAAACUGUUUUGAUUUCCGUAAAAGGUUAAUGGUUCUUUAUAAUAAAAUAUUAUAAAAUAGUAUGUAUAAUGUGUAAUAUGUUAUCUACAGUGCAUUCAGAAAGUAUUCAGACCCCCUUCAGUUUUGUCAAUUUUGUUAUGCUGCAGUCUGAUUCUACAGUUGUUGAAAUUUUUUCUCAUUAAUCUACACUCAUAAUGACAAAGUGGAAACAGAAUUUUAGAAAUGUUGGUAAAUUUAUUAAAAAUAAAAAAUUGAAAUAUCACAUUGGCAUACGUAUUUAGACCCUUUGCAGCAACACUUGAAAUUUAACUCUGGUGCCCCUCCCCAUUUCUCUUGAUGGUUGCUGACAUGUUUCUACACCUUGAAUGGAGUCAACCUGUGGUAAACUAAAUUGAUUGGACGUCAUUUGGAAAGGCACACACCCCUCUAUAGAAGGCCUCACAACUGUAGCAAUUGAUACUGUAGCCGAGCAAAAGCCAUGAAGUCAAAGAAACUGCCUGCAGAGCUCAGAGACAGGAUUACUGCAAGGCACAGAUCUGGGGAAGGCUACAAUAAAAUUUCUGCUGCAUUAAAAGUUCCUAAGAGCACAGUGGCCCCCAUAAUACACAAAUAGAAGUUUGGCACAACCAGGACUCUUCCAAGAGCUGGUUGCCCGGUCAACCUGAGCAAUUGGGGGAGAAGGGCCUUAGUAAGAGAGGUGACCAAGGACCUGAUGGUCACUCUGACUGAGUUCCAGAGAUCCUAUGUGGAGAUGGGUCAGAGUUCCAGAAGGACAACUAUCACUGUAGUCUUACACCAAUUGGGUUUAUGGCAGAGUGGAUAGACUGAAGCCUCUCCUUAGUGCAAAACACAUGAAAGCCCGUUUGGAGUUUGAAAAAAGCACUUGAAGGACUCUCAGACUGCAAGGAACAAGAUUCUCUGGUCUGAUGAAAUUAAGAGUAAACUGGCCUCAAUUCUAAAUGUUAUGUCUGGAGGAAAUCAGGCAUUGCUCAUCACCUGUCCAAUAUCAUCCCAACAGUGAAGCAUGGUGGUGGCAGCAUUUUGCAGUGGCGGUAUUUUUCAGCAACGGGGUGGGAGACUGGUCAGGGUUGAGUGAAAGCUGAAUGGAGCAAAAGACAGGGAUAUUCGCAAUGAAAAUCUGUUCUAAGGCGCCCAAGACCUCAGACUGCGCUCAAAGUUCACUUUCCAACAUGAGAACGAUCCUAAGCACACAGCCAAGAUAACAGGAGUGGCUUAGGGACAACUUGUGAACGUCGUAGAAUGGCCCAGCCAGAGCCCUGACAUGAACUCUAUUGAACAUCUCUGGAGGGACCUGAAAAUGGCUGUCCAUUGACGGUUGCCAUCCAACCUGACUGAGCUUGAGAGGAUUUGCAAGGAAGAAUGGCAGAAUAUCCCCCAAUCCAGGUGUGCAAAGCUUGUGUCAGGUGAUACCCCAAAGGACUCAAGCCUGUAACUGCUGCCAAAGGUGCUUCAAAAAAGUACUGUGAAGGGUCUGAACACUUAAGCCAAUGUGAUAUUUCAGUUUUUUCUUUUUAAUAAAUUUACAGACAUUUCUAAAAUUCUGUUUUCACUUUGUCAUUAUGGGGUACUGAGUGUAGAUUAAUGAGAAAAAAUGAAUUUCAACAACUCUAGAAUUUUGUCAACAAAAUUGACAAAGGUAAAGCGGGUCUGAAUACUUUUUGAAUGCACUAUACAUUCAUAAAUGGAGCUAGUCAAUACAUGGACUCAUAUUCACCUCUUAAAUACACCUCCAAUGUUUCAGAGGUAUCCAUCAGCACCAUCCCAUCAACUUCCUGUUCACAUCAGGAAGGACUGGAAUCCAAACAAGUAGCAAUGGACAAUCAAGACAGUAUUCUAUUAUUAAAUAAUAAACCAUUGUGCCAUCAAACAUGUGUUUUAAAUUAAUAAAUUACCCAAUGAUUUUAGUAAGAAAUUGGGAGCUGUAUUUACCAAAUUUAUGUGCUAGUGAAGGAUAGUGUCAUUUAAAUAAGCAGCAAUGUUUUUCUAUUCUAAUCCAAUUUGUAUCACUUUGAAAGUCUUAGCUAUCAGUUAUCCCUAUUACUCAAUUAUCCCUGUUACAUUACUCUUCAUCUUCUGCUUCUACUGCUCCAAUCAAUACUGAAUGUUGUUUGAAAGACUCCAAUGAGGCAAUUUUCCCAGGAAAAAAUUGGGGAGGGAAAUGACUAACUGGUCUGUACUGCAAAUUUUAAAGAUUCUCUAGAAACAACACAUUCACCAAUGUUCUUUAAUUAUGGUAAAGUGUUUAUUACAUACCUGUGUUUUAUCCAAAUACCAUAGAAAGAUCCAUGCACUCCCAGAUGCAUAAAUUUUAAAAUUUAUAUCAAAUUUCUCAGAAAAGAAGUUAGCUUUAUAUCUGUAGUUUACUGCAAAUUGUUCUCAGUGAAAUAGAAGUUGCAUAGAAGUUUGUAGCUCUACAUCUGUUAAUUGUGAAAUUGUGUUACACAUUUAUAUUUUAAAUUUCUUCCAUAAUUCCAUAACAUUUUGUAACCAUAUAUUUAGAAACAGACAUGUUUCAUGAUAGAAAGGUACACAUUAUUAUUGAAAUUAUUAGCAUAUGUACAAACAUGUUUUCCAAGUCUUAAUGUAGUAUGUUGUAGUGAUGAACAUUCUCUACAGUGAACAUUUCACAAUAAAAGGCCAGUUACUGUAUAAUGCAAAUACAAUAUAAAAUACAAGCUGUUGCAUGCACUUCAUUUACCACCUUCCCAUUCCCCACCACAAUGAAAAGCAGCAGUCUCAAAUUAUAAAAACACAAUUCUAAAUAACACUUAUUUGUAAAAUAUUUACAUAGAAUACAACCCAGUUCCAAUCAAGCACUUUUAAAUACCCACUGAUUUCAAAAAGAAGUUGCAAAAACAGUUUAACAUUUCUUCCAGUGAAACCAGAGGACCUUAAAAUGCUUAUGUCCAGCUAGAUUAUAUCCAUAAUAUCUAUAGCAUGAUUUUUUAUCUGUUAAGUUAAGCAGAAAUGAAUGUUUAACUAUGAUCUCUACUCAUCUUUCAAAUAUACAUUAUCCUUUGGUUUUGUUACAGUAAGUGCUUUUACAUCAUCCAGAAGUCUUCUAGGUGUCACAAUGUGAGUAGAU